AGUGUGAAGUGAGAGACAGGAAUCUCACGCACAAAGUAGCAACAGUAGUGUGUGAAUGGCAAAGGGAGCGAGGGGAACACAAGACAACUAAACAAGAUAGGUUCAAGGACAACGAGACAGAACGAGAGAGAGAGACAGAGGGAGAGACUGAGUAGCUAACAUGGUCACCAUGAAACACUUAUCCAUCUACUCUUUUCUGUCUCUGGCUGUCCUGCUGAUACUGGGUUGUGUGCGGGAGUCCCAGGCUGGGGUGGUGGAGGACUUUAACCACGUGGAGCGCUGUAAGGACUCUCUGUACAUGGGAACCCCACCUCGGGGCUACCUCCUCAGUAACUCCCUGAAGAAGAUCUGCCAGCGCUAUGAGGACAAGCCACGCUUCGUCACCCUCUAUGACCCCCACAAACACAUCCCUGUCUAUUCGGCCUAUACCUUCAAGAAGUCCGACGGCGAGAAGAGAGUGGACUUCCCCUGGAUGUUCGAGCCACAGUUGGCGUCAGAGAAGGGCAGCAGCAACAUGGAGCCAUUCCCCCAGUCCUUCUCUCACAUGCACAUGAACUUUGAGGACAGCCAGGCCGUGCUGGAGGACUAUGCUGACGUGGUCCAGUACGAGAGAGGGCAUCUCAACCCCGAUGAGCACCAGGCCGACCCCCUGGACAAGGCCUCCACCUACACACUGACCAACGUGGUGCCCCAGAUCCGUGAGUUCAACAUUGGGCCCUGGGCCGAGCACGAGGACCUCAUCCGCAAGCGCCUCAACAACUACUGCCGCGGCAAAGCCUACGUGAUCACCGGGGUCACGACCUCUGGGAAUAUGAUCCGCCGCGACAACCUGGACCGCGUGGCCGUCCCCGAGUACAUGUGGUCAGCCUACUGCUGCACCAACUAUGACCAGAACGCGCCCUACUUCCAGCGGUACAAGUUCCCGGCGUUCGGAGCCUACGGGCUGAACGACCGUGUCAACAACCACCUGGUGGAGGUGCCGGUGAAGAACCUGGAGAAGUUCCUCAGGGGAAGGAUGGACGUGGACAAGAACUUCCAGAUCUUCUACAACGACUGUGUGCCUGACUCAUAGUGAGCAACCAUGUGAUAGUGAUUGCAAUCAUGCCAGCCUCAAUGUCACCUCUACAUUGUCAUCUCAUUUCUGUAUUGAGUAGAUUUUGACAAUAUGAAUGUAGCCUGUGGGUGAGUUGUUGCUUACAAGCAAUAAAGACCAACGUUCAAACCCUG